AUGGGCAGUAGUACUGGGCCGGUGGUGGACCUCCUACCGCUGGUGUUUGGGUUCAGACAACACCACGAGAAUCCAACCGAACAACAACAUUUUGGUGGCCCCACCUUCCUCACCCGCGUCAUUCGCCUCCCCUGCCACAUCACCACCUACCAUAUUCUCAUUGGCUUUCUCAAACGAUCGACUUCACUACGCUCACGACACAAACACACAAUUGCUAGUCUCCCCUCCCGAUUUCAGCACCGAGCCAUCCACAGGACCCCACACUCCUCUGCCCGAGUUACCCAACCAAAUAACGCCACCUUUGUCACCAGAGGUGCCGUUUGCGCGGGUCCUCAAGAUUGA